AUAUUCCGUGCUGUGUACUCUGUAUUGCGAUGCUCUAUGGCAACGUGCUUGAACCAGCGGUGACCGGAUAAUUUCCUCGGUCAUUUCGAGGCAAUCAACCAGGACAGCUGGACCAAGAGAGUUGAGUGGUUCAUAGUUCUGAGACAUGGAUCCAUCGCCCUUCCAUUCACAAUGAAGCUCUCCAUCGCCGCCGUUACCUCCUUCAUCGCUGCUUCCGUGGCUGCCUCUCUCCCUGAGGCCUUCACUCUCGUCGCUGAUGGUGGCAAGACCGUCCUCACUGAUGGCUCCAACGCCUACGUCGGCGGCAGCACCGACGACAAGAAGAUUCUCGUCCUCCACGGCGGCGCAGAGAGUUCCCAGGGCUCGGCGGUGACCUACACUGCCGACGAUCAGACUCCCACCGGCUGGCAAAACCUGUACGCCAUCACCAACGCCAACAAGCCCAUCGCCUUUACCGUUCCCCACUCCGGUGCCACCCCGGAGGGUGCCAACAUCAACGGCUGGGGUGUCAACGACCAGGGCUACUUCACCUUCAACGGCGAGCAGGCCUUCGCUGUCCAGGGCGACGACGGUGCCCAGAAGAUCUACUACCUCGGCGCUGGCGAAGGCCAGUUCCAGAAGACUCCUUUGUACGUCAAGAAGUACUAGAGCAAGAACUGCUAAACAGCUUCGCAACGCGUGAUGGAACAGGGAUGUCCGGUCUGAAUCCUGUAUAUAGGUUCAUAAUCCAGAA